AGUGUACAUAAAAGAAAAGAUACUUUCAUCAAGAAUCAUAAGGUACAACACUUAAUGAUAGUCAUAGGGUACAAAUAAUGAUACCAGCAACAAGGUUACAGUCAUACAGUCAUAAGUGGAAGGAGAUGAAUGAUGGGAACGAUGAGAAGAUUAAUAGUAGUGCAGAUUUAGUAAAUAGUUUGACAAUGUUUAGGGAAUUAUUUGUUUAGCAGAGUGAUGGCGUUUGGGAAAAAACUGCUCGUGUCUAGCUGUUCUGAUGUGCAGUGCUCUAUAGCAUCAUUUUGAGGGUAGGACUGUGAAUAUCCUCAUUGUGCAGUAUGGUAUGAUGUCAGUGGUGGGAUUCAAAUAAUUUAACAACCGGUUCUCUGCCCUAAUGAUUUCUUCCAACAACCAGUUCACCAAACUGCUCAGAAAGUUAACAACCGGUUCUCCCGAAGUGGUGCGAACUGGCUGAAUCCCACCACUGUAUGAUGUACAUAUACAUCGAGCAGAACUGAAAUCAGUUCUCUUGAUACUCAUUGUAUUUGUUAUACAAUGUAUUUGUUAAACAAUGUUAUUGUAUUUGUUAUAUAUUGAAACAGAAUCUUUUAUAUGUUCCAGCUAAGCAGGACCUUUUGUAAAUUUUAAAAUGUGAGAAUUUUCUAGAGGUUUAUGCUUGUUUAAAAGUUGUCACAUUUUCACUUUGGGAUUAUUUUAGCAAUAAAUAGCACCUUGGGUGGAUGGAUGAAUGGAUACACGGAUGGAUGGAUGGAUAAAUGCUGAGCAUAUUUUCUAGAGCUGUGACUACUUCCGCUUCAAUAUAAAAAGGAGCGCGAGAGAACGCGGCGAUUGGCAGCAAUUCCUUAAAGCAGAUCAGUCGUUCUCCAUUUCAUUCACGAGUCAGAAAGAAGUGACUUAAGUAGCGAACCCUGUAAGUCUGACAGGACAGGAAAAGGCGGUUCGUCAAAACGGGUCCUCCUGUAUCAUUUAAUCACUCCUCCUUACUUUUACGUGUCUCGGAGUAGUUCUACAAACAGGACUUAACACGGCAAGGAAGGCAGGCGUACCUACCAGCACGCAAUGGCUCCAAAGCAGCCACCUUCGUGGCCACCACUUCGCUUUCCAUCCCUACCCCGAGAGGGGGAGAAAGAAGCUGCUCCCGGUUCCUCCUCCUCGGCUCACCCUUUCACCGUCACGGGCCAUCCCUUCCUCUCUCCGCGAUCAUGUGAGGGAUCAUUUGAGCCGAAUCACGUGGCUUUGUUUUCAAGUUCGCAUCCCGGAGGCUGCGCCGACUUGGUUCUUCUUGGGAACCGGAACAGGCUUAUUUCUCCGUUGCCUUCGGUCCACCUGGACCAUUAAAAACACUCCCGAGCAAUUUCUCCUCUUUUCACCUUCCUUAUGUCGCUGAAGAGUAUUAAUAUAACUGGCUUUCCCCCACUCAAGGUUAAAACUCCCGCGCCGGCAACUGAUAUUUCGCUACAACUAGGCGAAUAUCCGGCUUUUUCUUUGUAAUUAGCCGGUUUUCGUGGACUGGCUCUCACUUCUCCCGUGGAAAGGCUAAAGUACUCUGCUCCGACUUAGGGGUGGGGGAGUUGUCCCCCGAUGGGCGGGACGACAUUGCCCUCUGUCCCUAAGCACCCCAGUUGGAGAGAGGGACAGCUGUAACCCCGUUUAUCUGGAAAACCCCAAGCAACCAGGCAACCUCUUCCUCGCUCUUGCCACCCCGGCUUCGGCGAGGAAGCGCCUUGGCGAGGCCCGCCUGCCUCGCGCAUGCGGCUGGCCAGGUUGCCUCCUAGCCCGGGCGGGGUUUGCUUACAUCGCUGCCGCCGCCGCCGCCGCCGCCGCAGUUGGGUAACAUUAGGAUAGCAAACAGCCGGCCGCAGGCAGGUGGGGACUGCCUCCUCCGCCUCCCUGGCGAUGGGCUCAGCCUGGAGCAGCCCCGAGGAGCGGGAGCCCCUCUUGCCCCCUACGCCGCCCGCCGGACCGCCUCCGUUUGCUCAGCAUGGCCAGUCCUAUCGGGUGGCGGCGGCGGAGUCGCGGGGCAGAGGGACACCUCCGGCGGGAUCCCUGCCUCGCCUGGCGCCGGUGCCGGGCCGCGUGUACGGGCGGCGCUGGCUGGUGCUGCUGCUCUUCUCGCUGCUGGCCUUCUUGCAGGGCCUGGUGUGGAAUACGUGGGGCCCUAUUCAGAACUCGGCCCGCCAGGCCUUCGGCUUCUCCAGCUUGGAUAUCGCCCUGCUGGUCUUCUGGGGGCCCAUCGGCUUCGUGCCCUGCUUCGCCUUCAUGUGGCUGAUGGACAAGAAGGGCCUCCGGAAAACUGUGCUGCUAACAUCCUUUCUCAUGGUAGUAGGCACUGGCCUGAGAUGCAUACCUGUAUCCAACCAAGAAACAAGGAAAUGGCUAAUACACGGAGGGCAGCUGUUAAAUGGAUUGGCAGGCCCAACUGUAACAAGUGCUUCUCCGCUUCUUUCUACUACGUGGUUUUCACCAGAUGAACGUGCCACUGCCACAGCUAUUGCAUCAUUGAUCAGUUACCUUGGUGGAGCGUGUGCGUUUUUAGUAGGACCUUUGGUAGUUCCAGGGCCAAAUAGCACAUCAACAAUUCCACCUGUGUUUGGAAAUAGUCCUGAGUACAUAAAGGACCGCAUUGAAGCUGUAUUGUUUGCAGAAUUUGGCAUUGUGGCUGUGAUAUUCUCCGCAGCGCUAGCUUACUUCCCAUCACGUCCUCCAUUCCCACCCAGCGUGGCUGCAGCUAGUCAGAGGCUCAGCUAUGGAAGAAGUUUUUGUAGGCUGCUCAGCAAUCCCCGGUUUUUGAUGAUUGCUCUCGCCUAUGCAAUACCACUGGGGGUUUUCUCAGGAUGGUCUGGUGUUCUUGAUUGGAUAUUAUCUCCAGCUCACAUAAGCCAAGUGGAUGCAGGUUGGAUUGGAUUUUGGUCCAUUGUAGGCGGCUGUGUUGUUGGCAUAGCGCUAGCAAGGUUUGCCGAUUUUAUCAGAGGAAUGCUGAAACUUAUCCUACUUCUGUUACUGUCAGGAGCAACUUUGUCAUCCUUUUGGUAUACUUUGACAUGUUUAAAAACUGUCAUUCACCUUCCUUUAACUACAGCCACACUUUAUACUUCCUGCAUUUUGCUGGGUGUCUUCUUGAACAGCAGCGUCCCUAUCUUCUUUGAACUUUUUGUGGAAACGGUCUAUCCUGUUCCUGAAGGGAUUACCUGUGGCGUGGUCACCUUCCUAAAUAACAUGUUCAUGGGAGUUCUUUUGUUUUUCUUUAGUUUCUACCAUAGAGAAUUUUCUUGGUUUAACUGGUGCCUCCCAGGUUCCUGCUUACUAAGCCUUCUACUCAUCUUAUGCUUCAGGGAAUCCUAUGACAGACUUUAUCUGGAUGUCAUUGUCUCCGUUUGAAAACCUAAAGCAAGGAAGUUGAAGAGGAUAGAAAAUAGUACUGGGUUUGACCUGUUUUCUUGGAAAACACACAGACUAAAUGUUAUAGUAUACAUUCAAAAAUUCACCGGGAUUUUUUGAUUGAAUUUACAAACAAAAAGGGUUAUUUUUAAUUCCUAAUAUGGUAUUUUAUCAUUUAGAUUAUUAUGAUGAGUCUUGUAUUUGAAUGGAAUUAGAAUAUUUUUUAAGAAAAAUACCUAUCCAGAAGAAUGUGUGCUGGAAGAAAUAUGAACUGUGAUAUUUUAUUUAAUAAGCUGUUUGACUGCAAAGAUGUGUGCCAACUGAAACAACUUAUAACAAAAGUAUAAUAGCAAUAUCAUCACAGUUAGGAACUAAUGAUGGAAUUUUUAUGGAGAAAAGCUUCUUUUUAACUCUUUCUUUUUUAACUGUUUGGUGUUUUAAUGAGAAUUCUGAUAAUCCCACAUUUGUCUUGCUUUGUAAUAACAUGUUAUUUCUUCAUUGUGGCAUGUUCAUAACUAGUGCUUCCGUGAUGACAGAUUUUCAACUUAGUUGCUAGGACUGAACAAAUUGUUGCUCUCUCACUGUGAAUCAUCUUAUUUAAGAGGUAAUUACACUAGGAUUUUGGUUAAAUACAAGACAAAAGCUUUAACAUCUCCCUAGUUUUUCUAUUUGAAAAACUAUUUUUCUAUUUUUGCUUAUUUAAUCUAGAGCAGUGGUAGUCAACCUGGUCCCUACCGCCUAGUAGUGGGCGUUCCAGCUUUCAUGGUGGGCGGUAGGGGUUUUGUCCGAUACUGAAGCACUUUCUUUUUUUUUAAUUUAAUUUACUUUUUAAAAAAUUUUCAUAGCAUUAUUUAAAAACAUUUUCAUUAGGUUUUCAUAAAAUUCCCUGUGACAAUUAAAAUUUCUGAAAAUAUACUAUUUGUUUUGCCCGCGCAUAAGUUUAUUUCACGUUACGUAAGUGAAACUAAAUGGCGCUAUAGUGUGACCGCAAACAAAAGAGCCUCAUCCCAGAAUAGCUCACGCAUCUCCCCCCACACCACCCAACUGUAACAGAAAAGCAGAGCUGGCAGCCGGCGCCCCCCCUCCAAACCCAAUCCGCGAUGUGUGAGAGGCAUGUGCAGAUGACGAUACACGUCGCAUUACUGUGGAACCGGUGUGCGGUUAGAAAAUUUUACUACUAACAAACAGAUAUACAAAAGUGGGCGGUAGGUAUAAAAAGGUUGACUACCUCUGAUCUAGAGAUACCAUUCUUUUAUUUUCCUCUCCAAAAGACAGAUACAGGCACAUACAUACCCAUGGGGGGUGGGGGAGAGACUUCUUACUAAAUGGUUCUUGGCAAUUGGUGCUAUAAAUUAUGUAAAAUUAUUUAAAUGAAAUUGCCUUAUAGCCUUAUAACCUAAUACAGACAUUAAGGUGAGUGGAUAGAGAAUUGCAGUCAUGGUAUACAAAAUUGUUUCUGUUCUUAAGGACUGAUAAUGUCUUAUAAAUAUGGCUUGGUAUUGAAGACUUUUACAUAGUUUCCGGAGAAUUUUUUGGCUUGCGUGCCCUUCUAUCAGGAAGGAAGGCCCCCUUCCCGACAUCUUUCAAAGCCAAUGAAACAAACAUUAGUUUUUUAUUAUAGGUUAAUCUUCUCCUCAAACUUGUUUACAAUGUAAAGGCUCUGCUUUUGUUUUUUAAUAACUGUUUAGUAAAGAGACCUAUUGGUGGUCGCAGUGGUCAUAAAAAUUGCAAGAUCAAAAUAUCCGAAUAUACAGCUUAUGAAAUUUAGCAUAAACUGGAAAAUACAGUGCUUUUACUGCUCCUGCAAGCCUGUAUUAAGAGGGACAAUUUUUUAUUUGAGUUGUUUCCAAAGUUCUUUAAUCUUCAAUUGAUUUUCCAAAUUCUCUGGUACACCAACUCUAAAACAAGUCACACAUUUCUGAAGGUAGUUUGUUUUUCUCAGUGUGAUUUCUCAGUGUUAUGUUCAUUCUGACACACAUAAAGGGAUGUGUUGUGCUGUAAUGGUCAGCUUGAUUUUUUUUCAUCCCCCAAACCCCAGAUGACCAUCAUGUUAUUAUGAUUCAGAAAUAGCACUUUUCUGUUUGUCAUUUUUCCUAUACAUAAGUGAACUAUUUCUUUAGAUUAACUUUCAGGAAUAUUAGUUGGUUACUUGAUGCAUUUUAUAGAAUGAGGCUACAAUACUUGAUUGGCUAGCUAAGAAGAAGGCAAUAUUUCAUGCAUUAAUGGCCUAGCUCUUGGUGCCCUGGACUACCAUGGAGGCUGUCAAGGGCCAUAUUAAAGGAUGAAUUGUGCUGGUUGUACAGUAUGAACUGAAUCUUGGAAAGUCAUGAAAGAUAAAAGGUUUUAUAAUAUAAUAAUAAUAAAAAGUAAGCCAUGCUUAGUAGUUCAUAGUGUAUACCCCACAUUUUUGGGAAACAAGAAGAAUAAAACCAGGCUGUGGAUAAUAAAUAAGCUCUAUCUUCUUAACAACCUUUCAGAAAAAAGAGAGCCAGUUUGGUCUAGGUAGGUUAAGGCACCGGGCUAGAAAGCAAGAGCUGCGAGUUCAAGUCCCAUCUUAGCCUACAAAAGCCAGCUGGGUGAUCUUGGAUUGGUCGCUUUCUCUCAAUCCAAGUCAUUUCAUGGGGUUGCUGUUGUAGGGAAAAUAGGAUGAGAAAGGUGUGUUGGAUAUAUUCACUGCCUUGAGUUAUUGGUAAAAAUAACAAAGGUGGAAUAUAGAUAAAUAAAAUCAAUAAGUAAAUCACUGCAUCAUUAUUAUACAGUAAUAAGGGACUGUGCAGACUUUGCCUGAUAGAGCAAUGCCAAGAAGCCCCAGUUGGAUUAUGACUGUGGUAAAGUCAUAUAUAUUAAAUGGAUGAUAGAAAUAGCCUAUGUUUUAUUGUACACAUAAACUUUCUGUCAUUUGUUAUGUUUCAUUUUGCUUCUGUUCAGUUUGCUCCCUCGUAUCAGAUUAGAGCUCAUGUAUUAAAUAUUCUCUCAUUGGCAUUCUCUGCCAUUUCUGCUACUGGAGCUUCAGGGAAAGACACUUUAGCACUACAGUCGGGGAUCUCUCUACAGGAGGUCAGGGAAAGUCAAACUUGAACUAUUUCACAUUAUUAAGCAGUAGCUGACAGUUCGUGAUAGCUUUAUGCCUUUGUUCCACAAGUUUUUGACUAGCCUUUCUGUAAUUACUGAAUAACCAUGGCUUCCUGUCCUAUCUAAUUUCAGAACAUUCGCAAAUGGAGUAACUUUAAGCACAAUUAUAAAUGAUUCUGUAAAAUUAAUUUUUUUAAAAACCUGCAUCGUUUAAAUAAAUUAGCCCUGAAUUCUCAAAUUCCCAGGGCCUGGUCCAGUAUUAGUUCUAACCCAAACCUAUAAUUUGCAUAGAUCAGCAGCAGUAUGGUAAAAUUACUCUACUUUUGUGCAUAAAUAUCAUAGUCUUGCAUAAUGUCUGUGUUACUAAACAACCCAUGAUCUGCUGGCUCAUCCCUUCAGAAAUAGCCCCUUACCAAAUUCAAUAGUGACACAACGCCUAAUGUUCUUUCUUGGGAUCCAUUCAGAGAUGUAGCUGCCUCGAAAAUAGCUCAAGUUGAACUGCAUAGCACCAACAUCAGCAGAGGAAAUGUUUUAUGACAUUUUGUAUUAUGUCAUAAACUGUUACGUUUAUGUCAUUAAAUGUUUUGUACAAUUUGCAAAUUUCAAUUCCUGUGAAGAUGACCAAGCCCAGGGAGGCUUGUAUCUCUGGAUUGGGUUUUUUUCCUCAACUUAAUAACAAAAGGAACGGGCAUUCCUUUAGUUUAUAUGCACUAUUUUACCCAGUUUAAAAUUAAAGUAAUUAGAAUUUUAGCAGCAUACGGAUUAAUAAGGCUGGAAACUUGUUCAGUACAAUUUAUGUAUAAAUCAGUUUAAGUGUGCUGUAACAUAAGUAGGAUUACAUUUGCAUUGGGUUGUACCUUGAUGCAUCACUCUAGGAUCGGUUUUAUCCAUACAUAAUUAAUCAAUAUAUAACUAAUUAGGGAACCUGUACCUUUUCAUGUACUGUUGAAUUCCAUCUGCAUUCGUAACAAUUUUAUUAGCAUUAAAAUAAAUCAAUAAAGGAAAAAGUACUUUUUUAGAAUAAGGGUUUUUUUUGUCAUGAUUACUGUAGUUUGUUGCAGGAGACAACCCGAGUAUUGAAAGUUAAUCAUAGUGAAGAAUUUAAAAAUACUUAGUGUGAACUGUUUUAUGUUGCUUCACAGUGCAAUAUGUUUGCUGAGAGGUAAAUCCCAUUGUAUUUAUUGAAUUUUAUUACUACCUAAUUUAUUAUUAUAGCUUUAAUGAAAUUAGUAGGAUUUGAAAAAUCUUUUAUUUUUAUUGGAAUCUGUGCAAGCUUGCCAUCAUAGAUGUGUGUGAUUUCUACAUAUAAAAACAUAUUAGAACUAUAAAACAUUUUAUACUAAUUUCCAUGCAAGCUACUCUUACACAGAGAACUCUUGGACUUUAAAAAAAAGAAAGAAAAGAAAAUAGCCACUAGAGACAGGGGAAAGAAUGCUAAACAUUUCCCAUGCUUUUAUUCUGUUAAGUUGUGCUAUUUUCCUCUAUGACUUCUAAAAAAAAAACAAAUAGAAAAGUAGAUGAAGAAUUAAGCAUUUUUAGUCUUCCUCAGUUUUUCACAUUUGAAUUUCUUUUCUUUUUUUAAAGAAAAUUGUGGCACAGGAGACCCUGGUAUCAUGAAGUCUGUUCUGGCUUAUAUAAUACGUUACUUAGAAAGUGUCUUCUAUCAUUUUUAUCUUGAACUCUAUUUAAAAAUGAACUUAAGAAUUAGACUUACAAAACACAACGGAAAAGAUGUCUUAUGUAUAAAAGUGCUGCAUUUUACAGCAAAACAAUUUUUAGCACCCUUGUUCACGAUUCUCGAUUAUUCCCGAAAAGAAAUCUUCAGUUCAGUGAAGCAAAGCUACCAAUACGCCCUUAGGAUUCAGCUUGGCAUUUUCUGAUGAUACUUGUAAGUUAAACUGUACUGCUAUUUGAUGCAUCAGAAACAUAACAUUGUCUAGGAUAAUGCGAUAAUUUCUUGUUGAUCUGUUAUAAAGUGCGUAUAUCUUCUUUUCAACAAAUUGGCUGGCCUAAUAUUCAAAAAAAUGCAUAUUGUGAGAAGACGUAAUAUAAAGAAUGCUAAAACAGUCUACAGACAACUUUCUCCUACCAGGAUUUUCUUGGUGUGCCUUACUAAAAAUGGAACUAAAUACAUAUUAGUUAUGUAUUUAUAUUAAGUAUAUAAAUAUAUAAAUUAAGUAUUAAGUAUACAUUAAGUAAUACCUUAACCACUUUCUCUAAAUUGUCAAGAUUUCUGAUGGUUGCAAUUUUGAUUUAUUCAUUAUCUUGCUUGAUAAUGACAUGGAGAAUGAAAUUCUAAUUUGCCGGUUUUGGUUUUUUGUGAUAUAGUUACAUAUGUAACGGGCAUCAUAUUUUAUUUUCUAGCAGCAGCGUGAAAAAUUCUAGUAUUUCAUAUAUAGUAAGGGGUAGAAGAAGAAUCACUGUAUAAACUAUUAAAUAGACAUGGAAUUUUUUUUCUCAUGCAAAUUCAAUUAGAAAAGUUAGAAGUAACUAAGUCCCCUGAUCUUGGCCUAAUGCCAUUCAUUUCCAUACAACUUCUAAAGAGAAGUAUAGAUAAUAGUCUACUUACGGCUGGUCACUUAGCAACCAUUUAAAGUUAGAACGAACCUCCCCAGAACUACUUACAGCCUACUUUGGAAAUUCUAAUGGCUGCCCAUCCACACACACACCCAAUCAAUCGUAUGAUCACAUUUUGGGUUCUUGGUAACUGUCAUACAUUUAUGGCCAUUCAUAGUGUCCUAUGGCCAUAUGACCCUGAUUUUUUUUUUCAGAAACCAGCGUUUACUUCUGUUUUCUGGGGAAAAAAUGUCCAUUAGGUUGGUUAACAAUCCCCAUAAAAAAUGGUCAUAAAAUUGGACACAGUUGUGUGAACUAUUUGACUACUGCCACGACUUACGGCCAUAAUUCCAGGGUCAAUUGCAGCCAUAAGUUAAGAACUAUCUGUAUCUCAGUGGACUGUAUUUCAUCUCUGCCUUUGUUAGAGAGGUACCGAGAUAUAAACUUUUAUAAGUGAAAUUUCAUUCUCUGGUACAUUUCUUCUGAAUAAAAUAAAUAGGAAAAAAUGCAGUUCUUUUGAAUUACACAAGAAUAUUGACUUUCAGUUUAAUUCUGUCUAGAUUUCCUGACUACAUGCAUUAUCAGCCAGUAGGCAUUUCUUUUUUGAUUUACUUUAAUAUUUGAGAUAUUGAUUAGUUUGAGAUCAGAAUAAAUAAAAGGACUUAAUUCCAAGCAUAUAUAUUUAUUAUUGAAGUAACAGAAGUCUCAGGAAUAUAUAUUAGCAGAUUAUAUGUAGCUUAGAUGCAAAGAGUUUUUUUGACCUAAACAAACCUGUUUUUCUGUCAGUGCCCAGUGAUUUCCAUCCUUGCAUUGUAAAUUAACAAAAUAAAUAAGCAGCAAAAUAUUUUUACAUGCAGGAUAAAAAUUGUAGUCAUGUGACUUCACUGUACAUACAAAGAUGUAAAGGUGAAAAUUAAAAUAUUUAUGAGUGCUAAACAUGGGGAGAUUUAUCUUUGAACAAUUGUUUUAUAUAUGUGAGAGAAUACGUUUAUUCCAGGAUGAGUACUAUAGGAGUCUUUGUGUGGUGAUUUCCUCAUUUAGAGACAGUUUGCAGAUAAGGGUGAUGAAAAAAAUAGAUUUGCUACCAAUCUUUGUAUUUACAGCCUUCAUAGUUCUUUAACGUAAGAUCUGUGUAAGUAAGAUUGUAAGCACCAUUAUGGUUUUGCUUAGCUACCAUUUUGCUUAACAACCAAGUUCCUGAUCCCAAUUGUGGUCACUGAACAAGGACUACAUAUACUACACAUUUUAAAAUAUAUGUUUUUUUCCUUGGGGAAAUCAUUUUCUGGUGUGCAUUUAUUCAGCUGCUCAAUGUCCUUAGUAAGAAAUGCAUUGUACCCAACACCCAAUUCAGCCUUCGUAUUAGGAACAAAUUAUGCCCAUUAUUACAUCUGUACAAUGAAUUUGAUUGGUUGGCGUGUUUUCUGGGGGUGGUAUCUGUGAUUGAUGGGUGUUGUAUCACAGUCCAAGCCCUGCCCUUUUUGUCUGUAUAUGGGUACAAAAGGGAAGGGUGUGUAUUUCGAUGCCGUGCCCUCAAUCUUGCAGAUUUUGGCACAAAUAUACACAAAGCACGUUAAGCCUGUAGCAAUGUGCAGAGCCUGUGAUACAUGGAAAGGAAGAAAGGGUGGUUCAUCAUCAAAACAUGAUUCAGAAAAUAAGAGAUCUUGCCCAUUACCAGCUGUCCUGGUAUUGUGAAGUGUUGUGAAGAAAUCUAUGUUACCUGACCUGAAAACAUAGUCAAACGUGUAACAUCUGAGUAAAAAAAAAAAAAUCUGCUACAACUAAUUGUAGUUCAACAACUUAACUAAUUUCCAUUUUGCAUAAUCUCUUCCGUUUUGUAUGUUUUUUAUCUACCCUCCACUAAGCAGGAAACAGUAUAAAGAGGUAUCAAAGGCCUCCUUCCCUUCUCGGAAAGGAAAUGUUAUUUUGUUCUUUUUCUGACAUUGGAAACAUUAUACUUUUUCUUGUUAAUACAUUCUCAAGCAUGUCUUAAUAAAGCUAGAACUGUCCUUCGUGUCAUUUGGUGGCCCGGCGUUGCAGAGUACCUUUGAGAGUGUUACAUUUCUACAGUUUUGGAUAUCCAUCUGACAUCUUAAGUUUUAUUUUUAUUCUCUGUUAAAUGUGCACUGCUUGUUCGGACAAACCUACCAUCCACUAAGUAAUGGAAAGGUUUUCAUAAGUAACUUCAUCUUUCUAUAAACGCUUACAGCUCUGAGCUAUGGUGGAAGAUGAAAAAUUUAUGCCUUUUUUUUUUACGAUACCUACAAAAUGCUUUAAUGUAUGCCUAGGUUAAUUCUAAUACAUUUAAAGCCAGUUUCAAUGCUUUAUUAAUUUAACAUUUAACAAUCCUUUUUCCAAUCCCUUUUCACUUAUUUCUGCCAUUUUUUAAAAUUUUAUUUUAAUACUUUAUAAACAAGUGUAUAAGCUCACCUGUUGGAAUUCUGCAUGUUCUUCUGUGUGCAAUAUUUCUAACUGUUUCUGAAAAAUGUUUUUUACAGUUGUGUUAAUUACUUUACUUGGUUUAUUUUAACAAAGUCUGGUGGCGUGAAUAUAUAAAAACUAAAAUGCCAAUUCUUUUUGAUUUUUGGGGGGCGGGGGGUUAAAUUAAGCCUGAUAUUGUUAAAAGAAGGGUGAACUAUUAAAUUAGGAUUUGUAAUAAUUUACUUUUUUGUAAUUUUGUAAAAAAAAUACUUUUAUUUUAAGGUUCUACUUUUGUAAGUAAUGUACUGACAUGCGGCACAAUCUGUCAGAAGCACAUCCUGCUUUUAUCUCAUUGAAAUUUGGGAAAAAGCCCUACCUCCUUCAUCUUAUUUUUUGAACUUUAGCAGGAUAGAGUUCUCAUAUGUUGUGCCUAAAAUGCCUAUUAUUUUAUAAAGAGAAGUUAUUUAAAACCACUGUCUAAUAUACUAUAAAAGUAAAACUUCCUGCAUUAGAAUUAUCUUAAUGCCAUAAUCUUACUGUUAAAUGUUGUGUUUUAAUAUGUGUAAUACUUGAUAUGCAUUAAAAGUUGUUAAUUAUG